UGAGUCAUAUGUAGACAACCCGAGGCGCCUUUAUGCAGCUGGCUGGCCGGUUGAGAGUACUCCAGAACAUUAACAUUUUUGUGUGGUCUUAUGGAUUUGCUGCAAGCAUAUCCAAAAUAACACCGAAGUGGCGGGGAUUGCUUGAGGCCGUAGCAGUCUGACCUAAUUUACAUAUUUUUCCAAAAUUCUUGUAUCACACUUUUACAUUCCUCCGAAUAUAAAUAUUCGACUCUUCACAAGCAUAGCUAAUCUCGAACCCAUUAGCCAUACGUCAAUGGAGAAUCUAUACCCUCGCGCUUUCUCUCUGCUCUUAACCUUGUUUCUGAUCUUCCCUCAACUCCUGCAAUCACAGACACAGAAUGGUGCUUUUUCUCGGCAACCACCUCGCCCAGUGGUAUUCACCCCACAUAACAGGCCCGACUCCGACCCCCAACAGGUACAUAUUUCAUUGGCGGGGAUCGAUCAUAUACGAGUUUCGUGGAUUACUGAGGCCAAACAUGCGAAAUCAGUUGUGGAAUACGGGAAAGAAUCCGGAAAAUACAAUGCAUUGGCAAACGGUGAACAUAAAUCGUAUAGGUACUUUUUUUACCACUCAGGCGAGAUCCACCACGUUAAGAUUGGACCUUUGGAGCCCAGCACCACCUAUUUCUACAGGUGUGGAGGUUCGGGCCCGGAGUUUUCCUUCAGAACACCGCCUUCAGGAUUUCCCAUUGAAUUUGCAGUUGUUGGAGACCUGGGACAAACUGAAUGGACCGCUUCAACCCUACAACACAUCGAUAGUAAGGACUACGAUGUGUUGCUGUUACCGGGAGAUUUAUCAUACGCCGAUGGAAAACAGCCCCUUUGGGACUCGUUCGGACGCCUAGUUGAGCCAUACGCGAGCCGCCGCCCAUGGAUGGUGACGGAAGGCAACCACGAGAUUGAGACCUUCCCAAUCCUCCACCCCUACGGCUUCAGAUCCUAUAAUAACAGGUGGCGAAUGCCGCACGAAGAAAGUGGAUCGACCUCAAACUUGUAUUACUCAUUUGACGUUGCUGGGACUCACAUUAUAAUGUUAGGAUCUUAUACUGAGUUUGAUGCUGACUCGUCUCAGUACAAGUGGCUUGAGGCCGAUUUGGCCAACGUUGACAGGAAGAAAACGCCAUGGAUCUUUGUGCUCUUGCAUGCCCCCUGGUAUAACACUAAUACAGCACAUCAAGGUGAAGGAGAAAGCAUGAGAAAAGCUAUGGAAGAGUUGCUGUAUAAGGCAAGGGUCGACGUGGUUUUUGCAGGCCAUGUUCAUGCAUAUGAACGAUUCACUAGGAUUUUCCAUGACAAGGAGAAUCAAUGUGGUCCGAUGUAUGUGACGGUUGGUGAUGGCGGGAACCGAGAAGGGCUUGCAUUAACGUUCAAGAACCCAACUUCCCCUCUCUCGUUGUUUCGGGAGGCAAGCUUUGGACAUGGGCGGUUGAGUGUAUUAAAUCAAACACAUGCACAUUGGUCAUGGCACCGCAACAAUGACUCCAAAGCAGUUGUGGCAGACCAGGUCUGGUUUGAAAGUUUAAGCAUCUCUAAAGCAUGCAGGGAAACUCUGGAGGACCAAGGAUUAUCAUCGUCUCUCAAAGAAGAAUUAUAGCUUUGACUUGAAUAUGGCUAUACACUUAAUUGGAGGUUGACCUUUAUACGCUUAAUUGAUCAGUUUUUUAAAGCUCGUCUAGGAGUGCUACCGUUUGAAGGUUACAAACAGUUUGCAAUUUCUAUUUUUUAGUCAUGAUGUCCUGUUGAUAAAAUAUAUUGUGACGAAUAAAAAAAAUUGAUUUCGUCCGUUCACUUAUUAAUAUAAUAUAUACAGCAAAAAAAAAAAAAAAUGCUGGACAUGGUCCAACUCUGUUGGAGGGUUUGUUUCAUCUGGUCAUGUUGUAGAAUCAGGAAUUGUAUACUUUGAUCCUCCAAGAAAAUAUUAAAAUUGUGAGUUUGUUUAA